GGUGAGGAGUGGAACCGUCGCCCGGUUGUGCACCUGACACCAUGGUUGACACACGUGGUGGGAAGAGUACUACCCCUUACACCCAGGCUCAGGAGGAGCGAUUCGCCGCCAUCCUGAGAGAAAGAAGGGAGAAAAAGGAGAAGAAAGAGCUCCUCAAGCAAGCGAAGCUGAAGGCGAUAGCUGAGGAGCAGGCGGCGAAGAAGAGGAAAUGGGAAAAAAAGAUGAUCAGAUUGGAGCUCCUCAAGCAAGCGAAGCUAAAGGUGAUAGCUGAGGAGCAGGCGGCGAAGAAGAAGAAAUGGGAAGAAAAGAUGAUCAGAUUGCAACAGCAGGAUGAAGAAAAAAGAAGGGCUUCCAAAGAAGAAGCAGCAGCAGAGGAGGAAGAAGUAGAAGAAGAACCCAUCGAAAGGAGGCAUGGGGGAGAGAGCGGAGAAACUAGUGGCACGAUGGCAGAGGAUAAGUGGAUGGAAAAGAAGAUCAGUGAGUGGGUGGCUAACUUAUCGCUGGGAGAAGAUGAGGAGGCAAUGUUGUACGUGCCUCAGGAGGAGAAAGAAGCAUUCGCCAGGGAGCUGGAAGCUAAGGAGGACCCCCUGGAACGCCAGACGAUGGAAGACGAGAAGAGAUUGGAGUGGAAAUUGCGUCUUGCAAGGGAAAAGAAGAGGAGGAGGGGGGAGGCCAACCGGAUGAACAUCAGGCCAAUAAGGGUCCGGAAGUGACCCUCCACUCCAUCCGUCUUUAGAGAGUUUGCGCGUGCCGUGGUAACCCACGUCGGGACCGAAGUUAAAAGGUUGAAGGAAGGCGAGAAGUUAUGUGCCGGCGCCAUUGAAGGCGCCAAGGUAGUGGCUGCAACAAAAGCCUAAACGCGAC